AUGGACACAACAGUGGAUGCAAAAUCGAUUGGGAAGAUGAUCCAUGUGGCAUGCAAACAUCACCACUGCCGCAAGCACGCCAAGCAACAUGUGCCCGAGCCCACACAACUGCCAACCACAGCACCAAGGAUCGGAGAGGAAUGGCCUCCGGAAUUCUUGCACUGUGGAAUAUGGCCACCUCCGCAGAAACCGCCCUCCGAGCCAGAAGCUGAGAUCAACGUGCGCCCCAGGCCAAAGGUCAAGGUGCCUAAAAAACAAGGACCUGUCGAAGUUUAUCCAGAUAACAUACCAAACAUCGACGGGGAUGGCAGCGACAGUGAGUCUGAAUCAGAUGGAUCAGAAGAGAAUGAGGAUGGUGACCAGGCCAUCACCCCUGCAGAGCCAUUGACGGUGGGGUGGACGGAGCUUUCGGAGGCGAUCGAUACCUUGAAGAUCGUCACAAAUGGUGCCGGUAAAGAUGGAGAUCAAAACGGAAACGAUCACAGAUUGACUAACGUCAUCCAUACUCUAGUCAAGGCUCCGUACUCUGUGCUCAAGCUUGUCGCCAGGCACGGCAAUGGCGAGGGGGCUCCUCGCCGAGCCAACGAUGCCAACAAAUCUCCACGGAAAAAACUCUUCGACCAAGAGAUCGUCGCCGAGGGUCAGGCUCGCGUGGAGAUAGCUGACUAUCUUGACAGCUUGAUCGACCAUGGAGAAUACGAAGAAGGCUACGGGUGUGUAUGGCCGCUCGAGGACUACCGUCGGGCGGGAUGGGCAAAGGAGAUGGUCGCCGCGUAUCCGGUCGAGUGUGCCGAGUUUGUACGAAAGGUCCAUCAGGAGUGCCACAACCGCCACCAAGCGGAACCGGAACCAGAUUGUCUAUGA